GGAGGAAGAGGAGGAGGAGGAGAGGUGAAGAGGAUGACAAGUCACUCCCUGCGUCGCACUCCCAAGUUCAAGCCACAAUGUUCCUCUCUUUGCGACUCGCGCUUCAUUAGAGCUCGAGCGUCACAGAGCGUGUUCGGGCUCGCCCAACGUGCACGUCGUUAAGUCUUAAUUGCAAAAGGUGGUUUAAAAAAAAAAAGAGCGACCCCUGUGGAAGAUGUUCUGCUGCUGGUUCAAAUGGACGCUGUGCCUCCUCGGGCUCUCAGCGACGCGCUGCGCCGCGCCCGACGCUGCGCCGGUGGAUGUUGGAGCCGAGUCCGGCUCCGGGACCCUUCAGACAGAUGAGGUGGACGUUCUGCAGGAGCUUUCCCUCCAGGUGUCGAACAGCAGCAACGCCUCCAUGACUGCGGAUGGCAGCAGGUGUCCGGUCCUUCAGGUGGGACAGUACUCCACCUUGGCUCUCCCUCUUCAACAGCUCCUCGCUGACGGCUUUGCUGAUGAGUUCAGUGUUCUGGUGCAGCUGAGGAGCCCUCAGAGAGACGAGCACAGCGUCUUCACCGUGCUCGGCCUUGACAGCCACAUUAUGCUGCAGCUGCGGAUCAGUGCCCACGCCAUCAUCUUCAUAGGAACACAGCAGCGGCACUAUGAGUUCCCAGUCAGCGGCCUGUCGGAUGGAAAGUGGCACCAUGUGGCCGCCAGUGUGUCUGGCAAGCGGCUGGCGCUGUAUGUGGACUGCUCUCUGCUGGAGAGCGUGGACUGGGUCUACCGGGGCAUGGGGAUCCGAACCGACGGUCUGCUCAUGAUCGGAGGCAUCAUCGAGGGCUUUGAGACUCCAUUUGAGGGUCAUCUCCGACAGCUGACCCUCCUGAUGGGCGACCCGGACGCCGCCCGGCAACACUGCAGCCACCACCCGCCCCGCUGUGGCGAGACCGCCCCCAAGCCUCCUCGCUCCCCACGCACCCACAACGCCCUGGAGAAUAUACUGCUGUCCUCAAAUGACCUGGAGGACCUGCUGGGGGAUCCCAAGGAUGAGUCAUCUUUGAGCUUUGGCAGAAGUAAUAUAUUCCUGAGCCCAGGGAGUUCUAGAGGCGACGGAACGGUGCCUUCAGUAUCCAGUCGGAAAGGUUCUGUAGGUCGUGGGGAUGUCUUCGUGGUGGAAGAGGACACCGACUUGUUGGAUCCAAUCUUCCAAAAUGGAGGACAAGUCAACCCUCACUGGAAACCUUCCAGAAAUGGAUUUAAGGGAAGCCAGAAGGAAAAGCCCGAGCUGUCCUCUAAACAGCUGGAGGAGAACAUUACCACGGACAAGAAGGCGGACUCCGGCGGGAGGACGUCAUCGCUGUUCCCUGGAAAACCAUCCGGUGACAUUAUUGACCUGGACAAAGGAAAUGCCACCAAGAAACCCUCAGUAAGAUUUUCUGUCCCCAAGAUCCCUUCAGAUCCUAGAAGAUCCACAUACUCUGGGACAUCUGCAAAGACAGUAGUCGAGGAGGGGAGACCCGUCACCAACAUUAAACAAGCAGACAAGGAGCACCCUGCCAUUGUCACCAUUGUAUCCAGAGAUGGAGACCUGGUCCUGGGCUCCAAUGGCGAAAUGUACCAGCUUCAGAGUGGACCACCAGGCCGAAUGGGUCCCCCAGGGCAGGAAGGCUGUCCUGGUGAGCCUGGCCUGCUUGGGUUUAAAGGUGAUAAGGGUAAGUUGGGCCUUGAAGGGCGUCCAGGAAAUAUAGGGGAGCCAGGACCCUCAGGACCGGCAGGUUUACCAUCCCUCUACCUGUGGAAAAACACAGCGGAGGAAUGGGCUGCCUUUCAGCAAACCAAUUUCUACCAGUUACUGCGCGCUGGGUGGCCUAGUAAAGAAGGCCCUGCAGGACCACCUGGAGAGAUGGGCAGUCCCGGCAUACAGGGGCCACCUGGUGACGCUGGGGAGCGAGGACGACCAGGAGUGCCUGGAGAGAUGGGCGAGUGGGGUCUCAGGGGGCUUCCAGGAGCACCCGGGGCUCCAGGGAGAGAUGGGGAAAACGGAGACGAUGGUCAGCCCGGGACACCUGGUGCUCCUGGAUCACAGGGCCCGUGGGGAUACAGGGGAGAACGAGGGUCCAAAGGGGAAAAAGGUGAUGAGGGUCUCAUUGGCCUCGAGGGUCCAAGAGGAGAAAUUGGGGAACCUGGUGAGCAGGGCUCUGCUGGUUUACCGGGCCCACCUGGUCCUGUCGGGCCACCAGGGCCUCGGGGGACUCGAGGUGGCUACGGGCCAGAAGGGCCCUGUGGGCCUGAUGGGGAGAGUGGACCGGAUGGGCCUCCAGGUCUGCCAGGGCUGACGGGCGCAGCAGGUUUCACAGGACGAAUUGGUGCUCAAGGAGUUAACGGCUCAAGGGGGGACAUAGGACCUGCUGGCAGUGUUGGUCCCAAAGGCCCACAGGGGUCCCCAGGUUUAGAGGGACAGAUGGGACCUCCAGGACUCCGAGGGACCCAGGGACAUCCAGGACUGAUCGGUGCUGCUGGACCUAAAGGAGAUCCUGGGCCCGUGGGGCCCGUGGGUGCCCGGGGGGAUCCCGGCUUUGAGGGGCCCGUGGGUGCUGCAGGAAGACAGGGUCCUAUGGGGUUUUCCGGGUUAAUGGGCAACAGAGGACCAGAUGGGGACAAGGGGGAUCCAGGACCCGAAGGCGACAAAGGCAUUCAAGGGGCAGCAGGUAUUAGGGGUCCUCAGGGAGAGAGGGGCCCCAACGGCUUCCAAGGUUUCACAGGAACCAAGGGCCAGUCUGGCCCCAAAGGCAUUGAGGGCACAAAUGGAGAAACUGGUCCUCAGGGAACACAGGGCAGCCACGGGUUAAAGGGAAACAGGGGACCAGACGGACAUAACGGCAAACCAGGACCCAGAGGGAUCAAGGGCCGGACUGGACAGAGGGGCCACUCUGGCCAACCGGGGCCAUCGGGUUUACUGGGGCCACCUGGACCAGAGGGAGCAGAAGGAAAGCCUGGUACACAGGGUCCCUCGGGUGCAGCCGGCAGCGCAGGCAGUAAAGGACCAUCGGGUUUCCAAGGAAUAGCUGGAGCAAGAGCAGCAGAUGGCCCCACGGGCUCUCCGGGACCGCUGGGGAAACCAGGACCUCCAGGAUCACCAGGACUCCUGGGAGACAACGGUUUCACAGGGAAGCCUGGCAUGGAGGGACCUCAGGGCCCAGUAGGCAUGUAUGGUAUCCAGGGGACCGUGGGCAUGCGUGGACCUCCAGGGUUCACAGGAGAAAGGGGUGAGCCAGGUUUACGAGGUUUUCCUGGGCCUGUUGGGAAGCCAGGACCUGCAGGUCAGCCAGGUACUUCUGGAGACAAGGGACCCCGGGGACCUCAGGGUCGGCCUGGAGAUGAAGGCUCCAAAGGGAUCCAGGGCCCUCCAGGCUCUCCAGGUCUCCCAGGUGGUGAUGGAACGGCUGGAAAACCGGGACCCAGGGGAAGCCAAGGGCCCCCAGGACCUCAGGGGCCGCAGGGGCCUGCAGGAAUCACAGGCCCACAGGGAGCUGAUGGGUUAUUAGGAGCAGCAGGGGAAAGAGGACACAAGGGUUUACCUGGCUCGCUUGGUGACGCUGGCCCCACAGGACAAGACGGAGAACAGGGUCUCCCAGGCCAAACAGGAAAUGAAGGCCCACCUGGACGGAAAGGAGACCAGGGGGACCAAGGGUCUUGUGGGAAACUCGGUACUCCCGGCCCCCGAGGAGAGAGAGGACUCGAGGGCUCAAAAGGCUCACAGGGGCCACCAGGACCAGACGGUAAUGAGGGUGAUGUUGGGCAUCCUGGGGAAGUUGGAGAUCCCGGAGCCAAAGGGGAGACGGGCCAGUUGGGACCUCCAGGUUUGUCCGGUCGAGAAGGCCCCUGGGGAGACCUCGGAGAAAACGGCCUACGGGGCCUAAAGGGAGACAAGGGCCACAUUGGACUAAUGGGUGAACCGGGGCUGAUGGGUGAAGUGGGACCGGCAGGUCUGGCGGGGUUACAGGGAGUUACAGGCUCUCGUGGACUCUCGGGGCCAGAUGGACCUCAAGGCCAGAAGGGGGGGUCCGGGUCUGUUGGAGUUACAGGACCUCCGGGGUCACGAGGCCCUCGGGGAAUGACUGGUGCUCGUGGCGUCAGAGGAGACACGGGGGGGCUGGGUCCACCGGGUCCAGGAGGACAAGUUGGACCUCAGGGACACCAGGGAGCUAAAGGGGAAGAGGGGCCACAGGGAUUGAAGGGAGAGCCAGGGGCUCCGAGUCCACCGGGGGAACAGGGUGAGGACGGUCUGCCUGGAAUCCAAGGUCCUCCGGCUCUGCCAGGGCUUGAGGGGCCUCCUGGACAGAUGGGACCCCAGGGUCCUCCAGGUUCCACAGGGGCUCCUGGAGUGCUAGGAAGAGCAGGGCCUGAGGGGAAACAGGGCAUGUCAGGGGAAAAGGGAGACGACGGCAAGAAUGGAUCACAGGGGAAGACGGGUCAUGUUGGAAGGAGGGGAAAACGGGGGAAGGCCGGAGUCAGAGGGAGCAGGGGUGACAGAGGAUCUACGGGCCAAAAGGGGGACUCGGGACCGGUUGGCCACUCUGGAUGGCCGGGGUUCAUCGGACUCGCAGGCUUACGUGGAGAGGCGGGGGAUCAAGGUGGAAAGGGGAAAGAGGGUGAGAAAGGAGACAUGGGACUGCCUGGGCCUCCUGGAGAUGAUGGCAUGAAGGGUAUUCGUGGUGUUUUUGGGUUGCCAGGUCCACUGGGACUGAUAGGAGAGCAGGGAAAUAUUGGUCUCCCAGGACCGAGGGGAACACCGGGGAUGCCAGGACUGCCUGGCUUGUUUGGAUUAAAGGGUUUGAAAGGCUACCAGGGUUUCCCCGGCCUGCCCGGCAGGAAGGGGCUCCCAGGCCCGCCUGGGGUAUCUGGACCUCCAGGACAGUCACUGAACAUGACGUUGACCCAGCUCAAGGACCUGAUGUAUAUGUCCGACAAGCCCAACUAUCCCGUGCUCCAGACUCUGCUAGAUUCUCUGCAGCAGGAGCUUCGGCUGAUGCUGGAUCCUCCCGAUGGGAGCAAGGAGCAUCCUGCCACCACAUGCCUGGAGCUCUGGACCUGUCACCCCGGAUACAGCAGCGGAAUGUAUUACAUCGACCCCAACCAGGGCAGCACAGCGGACGCUCUGCUGGCCUACUGCCGCUUCUCCUCCACAUCCAAACAGACUUGCCUUCAUCCUCGAGACUCUCAGUUGCCCAUGAAAGCCUGGAUGGAAGAACUUUCUGAUGAAGGAUCCUAUCAGUGGCUCAGCAGGCUGGAGCAAGGGUUUCAGUUUUACUACCCAGGUGCGAAUGUGGUCCAGAUGCGUUUCCUGAGGCUGCACAGCCGCACCGCCGCUCAGAAUAUGACCUUCUCCUGCCACCCAGGACACAGACUGGGCCAGACAGACAGGGACAUCAAAUUCCUCACUGACUCGAGGAAACAAAGUUACCUCGGAGCACUUAAAGACUGUGUGCCGGGAGAGGAGACCCUUUCUGGACCUCGGGAGUCCGUCUUUGAGUUUGAGGACCUUCAUCUGCUUCCUCUGAGAGACGUAGCUCUGAUGGGAGGCGUUAACGUCACACACCAGUUCGGCUUCAAUGUCGGUCCUGUGUGUUUCAGCUAGAGGUGCUACAAAGCUGUGCCGUUCCAGGACACACACCUCUGUUCAAAUCAUGGACACCUAGAGGACCACUGGUUCCAAUUUCGUUCCAAGAUGUCGCUUCCUUUCCCUCUUGCUUUGAGGGAUUUGAUCUCUCAAGUUGAGUGACUCCGAUAUUCAUGAAUUUGAGAGGACACUAGCGUCCCCGGGGAUUUAUUUUUUUUUUUUUUCACGAAGUCAAUUUUGUUUACAGAGACGUUUAUCUUGUAUUGAAUAAUUUAAAAUGUAUGUUUAUUUUUUUUAUUUUUUUUUAUCGUUUAUAUACAAAUUAUUUGUUUUUCUCUGUUUGAUUUCUGUGAGUUAUGUAUUUUGGGCUCCAGUCAUAGCCUGCUCACUGUGUAUAUAAAAGCCAGACUGUCCGAACUGACCUCUUAACAAUGUGUUCUGCAUGGGGACGCAGCUACUGUGAUCCCAUUGGCCGUGUGCGACCAGGCCAGUAAGAUCGCUCACUGUCAGGGUCAGUGACCUCAGAUGUGUCACUUUUCUCAAGGUGCUGAUCACGUUUAUUUGAAAGAGCAUUUCUUUAAUCCCCAAAACCACAGAGGACAGUCACGUUGUCUCACGCAUACCUAACGUUUGCUGUCGUCAACGGCAAAUGUCCUCAUUUUGAUAAAACAUGCUUUACUGUUUUUACAUUGUCAUGUAACUUGUAUGGGGUAUUUUCUUACGUCUCAGGUAUGAUACAUUAAUGAUAUACACAUGGGCGCUGAAGCUGCUGUUUGAUAUGUUUUUGUAGUUUAGCAUUAAAACAAGACUAACAUUAAAAGACCAAAAGCAACACUGAUUUAGUUACACCAACCUGAUACAAAUGUUUCCUCUGAGCUCCAUUGUUGUCCCAAAAACUGUUAUAGACACACCAGCGAGCCACACUGUUGCAAUAGGUGGGCUGUUACUUUAUUCCCAUGAACACACACUCGUACAGUUAUUUUGGACUCAAUCCCACACACACACCACCCUGUUGAUGGAAAUACUCACCAGAGCACCAACAAUUAGUCCGCAGCUGAAAAUAGUCCCCAACAAAUGCAGUAUUUCCUCCAGUUUAGUGAUGUUUGCUAAAAGAUUAUAGUGCCCAUUUAAAAGAUAAAGCUUUAUACCAUGAGCUGUAUUUAAAGAUGUACAUGUUCAGGUUCCAACCAAUGAGCUUUGGAAUGAGAGACCAAAUCAUUGUCGGUUUUGCUCCUUCCAUAAUGAUUUGUUGACAAACACCAGCCUUAUCCUUUUGAAAUGAAUUUAAAGUGAAUAAAGACAUUAAGGUCAUUGAACAGUACAACAAGCUACAUAUUUAUGAAAUAGCCAAAGGAUAAAAUCAACGAGAAAACCAAAUGACAAUUCAGUCUGAUUAUGAAGCCACUAUUCCCCCAUUUCCCUGCAGGUCUCUGACAUAAACGUUGCUGCUGGUUUACACAUGUUCUGCUGAAGUUUUCCGCAUUUUAAUUAGAUUUAAUUCUGCUGCGCAUCUGCCUUACAGGUUUACAUUAGACUAUUUACUGUUUUAACAAUGGAAAUGUGAACCAAAGGUUAAAGUUGAGCAGCCGGAGCUUACACAUCACCCUCUGUCCUCCCAGAACAAUACUGUAAUUGUGUUCACUGUACUGUAAAGAACCAUGCAUAGGUUUGGCUGUAGAGUACGUGCAUGAGUAGCACCUUUGGCCCUGCAGAGCUUCAAUGGCCUCAUGGUGAGGGAAGAAAAGUGCCGAUUACCAUCCACUUAGCAUUGAGUUAUUGCCGUCGACCUGAAUUUCUGCUUCAUUCAAUCUGAGAAGUGCUUAGGUCCAGAGAAAAGCAGCACGCCGUGUAGCCUCUCAGCAGAAUUGUGUGUGUGUGUGUGUGUGUGUGUGCGCGCGUGUGUGUGCGUGUCCCAGAGUUGGUCAGCAGUAAGUAAUAAGAGGUGUGCACUGGAUCUCAGGGAGUUGUGGUUUUCGGGCGUGGCCAUAACAGCAGAUCUGCAACGGGAAAACACUCCGACUUCAUUUGCAUGAUUUAUACCAAAUUCUCAGCUGUGGAGAAUCAGAGGGCCUGCAAGUUUUUUUGACACGGUUGAGGCGUGCCACCUUUAUAUAUAACGGGGAGGAAAUGUACUUAUUCGUAAUCUCUAUCAGACAAAUUGGAUUAGCAUUGAAGCAUUUUAGGAUUCUGGCCUGGUGUUUAAUAUUAAAUGUUUUCUUUUUGUAUUUAGAUUUGUCAUAUCAUCAUUCCAUAUGAUAGCCUUAGCUGGCUGAGACUGAUCAUUGUUACUUUACUUGUUUUGUACAAAGUAUCAUUUUUGAAAUAUCUAAAAUGACAUGCUGGACAUCAGUCUUGUGUGACCAGCUCAUUCAAAGAAUUGUCAGCUGAAUAAAAAA